AAAAAUAGGUAAUUUAUCUUGUACAGCGAAUAACACUAUUCUCAACACAACGCUUUGCUUGCUUGAUUCGGAAGCGCGCAAGCCCACCUAUACUGCUACUUAUAACAUAUCGUGCUAUUGCCUGCUGGUCGGAGCUCUGCUGCAUCAGACUCUGUACUUCAGCCACGCAUGGCGUCCGCUUCAUUAACAUCUCUUGGAGGUGCAUCACGUCCCAUGAAUCUGCAGGGCCAUUUUGCUCCCUUAAGAUACGCCAACGCCGAAGACCUCCCAAGCUACCCAUCCCCCGGUUUGAAGCCGGGUGAUGCGGCGGCUAGUGCUGCUGCCACUCUGGGGUGGGCGAGCACUCCUUCUGGUACUUUCGCUGCUGCCGGACCUGGUUCUCCUCGAGGGCACCAGUUCAACACGCCUAGGUCUCAUGAUGCCAUCCUUGCUGCUGAUGUUGCUGGUUGGGCUCAGCGACAUCGGAAACCACCGUCCCCGCCUGCUUCCCAUCAAUGGGUAUCAACGGCCGCCAGUCUAGCGUUCGGGGCGAGCAAGACACCGCCACCAACCACUGAACAUCCCCAACACUCGAGGCACGACUCCAUGAGCGCAGCACUGGGGGCCUUGGCAAGCUCACGGCCGAGAGCCGCGUCCUCGCCUCAAGCAUCCACAGAGAGAAACACGGAUCGCGCCACUAGGGCAACUGCCCUGAGUGCCGCAACUCUUGCCCAUCAACCUACGAUGCGGGCAAACUCAACUCCCGUUGGCGAGGUGGGCGCCGUGCCCUAUACCACCAUGGACAGGGAAAUGUUCACCGCCAAUCCGCCGGUGAAGCCCAAAACAGACGAGAAGAACAGGGCCGACGUGCUGCAUGCUUCUGCCCUGGCCAUGGCCAAGAAGAUGUACGAUACACAGCAAAGAAUGAUCGACAGCUCCGCCCCUGCCCACGCGCUGUCGUCGUCUUUUCCCUGUGGUGACACGACGAGCCGGGCGGAUCAACAGAGCGAGGAACAGCCUGCCCUGGUGCACAACAGCCUGCAGGAAUCAGCAUACCGGCUUGCCAGGGAGCGCCUCGCCAAGUUGCAGCAAGAGCACGAGAAACAGCGGGGUCUCCAGGAGUUCUACGGAUCAGGCACCGCACCUCUCCACUGGAGCAAACUCGGCACUAUCAAGGGCAAGUUGACCAGAAAGCGCUCCUCGAGCGACGGCGAUUUGCUGGAAGACAAACGCCGCUCGGAGCGGAUUCGCAACCAAAUGUCCCUGCUCAACAGCAGGUUAAGCGAGGUGGACAAGGAGAAGAGGGCGCGGGACCGGGAGGCGCUCGUCGCGGCUGCGCAACGGAACGUCAAGGCUCAGAUGCAGCGGAUCGAUGAACAAGUGCAGUCCGACACAGGCCGCGUGCCGCAGGUCAAUUUGGAUGACUGGGGUAGACAAGCUUUAGUUGCUGCGCGGGUGAGGUACGACGCUAUCGGCCAGGACAACGUCGGCAAGGUCGACAUUGGAUGCGGCAAAAUUAUGGAGAGGUCCGAGGUAAAGAAGAUUGCGGCUCAGAAGGUCCAGCCGCUGUUGGAUGAGAUCAAUGACAGAGCGGAGAAGGAGCUUGUGAGGCAGGAGGAGGAGAAGUUGGAGGAGGAGAGGCGCAAGGAGUUGGCAGAGCGAGAUAAGAUGAGGGAGAAAGAGAUUCAGAAGAUACACAAGAAGCUCAUGGACCAACAGAAAGAGGAUGAGCGAGUGAGGAAAGCAGAGGUCAAACGCGAGGCUAAAGCACAUAAGGAUGAGAUAAAAGCCGCUAAGGCAGAGCAGAAGCAUGCUGCCCAGGAGGCUAAGCAGAAGGAAAGUGAGGUUGUGCCACCAACAACAAGCGUGGGGACCAAAGCAGAGGGGCCCCUUCAACAACCAAGCCCGAAGGCGGCACACAAACGAUCACUGACAGUCGGCCACGUCCGGGCCCUCUCCAUCAAUUUUUCCAGGCGCCCGCCCAGGCACAAGGGCAAAGAAGCCGCCGAUCAGCCGCCUAACACAGACGACAACAGCCCAACCUCACCAACCGGGAAAGUCCGCGCCUGGCUCCUCUCGCGUUUCCCACGGCCGCGAGCCAAGUCCACCGGCAGCACACCCCCCGCCAACGGCGAGCAAGACGCCAACGAGACCAAACAUGGCUUCAUCGGCGGCGUGACACUGGCCCGUCUACGGCAGGGCAAACAAAACUCCAGCACCUCCUCAAUCGACUCGCUGGACAGGAACCCGCACGACGCCAACUCGAGCAUGCGCGAGGUAGCUCUCGCCGGCCGCCGCCGCGAGCCUUCCUCCAAAAGGGGUACAAAUACAACUGAUGGCGAGUCCACUACGCCCCCUCCUCCCGUCGAGCAGAUGCCCGUGUUGCACGUCUCGCAGGCGACCGAAGCAGCCCCUUCUGUCGUCGGCUCUGUAGGCAGCCUCGGCAGCGACCCAAGGAGUAGCGUCAGUAGCAGCAACAGCUGUAACGAGAGGUUUGUCGAGGCGCGGAGCGAGCCCGAGACGAGUGGCGGUGGGUCGUUGGCGUCGGCGUCGAUGCUGGCGCAGGCGAAACCGCGGCCGAGGGCUGUGGUGGCGGGGAGGGUGAGUCCAUUUCGGGAGUCGAGGUUCUCGGAGAUUUUGUGAUUAGCUUUGGAUCGCCUUUAGUGCGCUAUCUGGAAUAUAUUGGUACAAUACAAGUACAUAUGGACGGGUCGCCGCAUGCACGGCUGGUUCGUUUUUGGAGGAUGCAGCGUUUGGUUUGCGGUAGCGGCUGGAUGGAUGACAUUGGCAGGCAUGAAGCAUACGGCAUUAA